AUGGAGUCGUCACCUGAGGAGGCCAGACCGGCAGCGACGUCGACGUCGCCUCUCCAUACCCACCUUGAACCAGAACCAGAACGAGAACCGGAACCAGCACCAAACACACAAAAUCUCCCACCAUAUACCAUCGAACAAGAUGCAGAAUGUACCUCCCCACCGCUUAGUACCUCUCCAAAAUCCCGACCUGUCUCCGGCGUCGUCCCACCAUACUGGCAACGACAUACCCGCAAUGCAUCGCGCGCAUCACAAAGCUCUCUCCGCUCAACACUCAUAACACUAGAAGAUCAUACCGCGGAUCCAGAAUCAGAAACAACUCGCGGUCUCUGGGCCCAAAGCGUCCUGAUAGAAGACCAUGUUGUUGUUCAAGGGAAAACAGGCGUAGGGGCAUAUGUUGUCUGGAAUUGUCGGAUACAAACGCUUGAUGGUGGUCCGAUGGUUGUUCGAAUGAGAUAUUCUGAGUUCGAUGAGUUGAGACAACGACUCGUUUCUUCUUUUCCGCAUGCGAAGAGUGCGUUACCUGCUCUGCCGCCGAAGAGUGUAUUUUACAAAUUUCGACCGAAUUUCCUGGAGCAUAGGCGGGUUGGGUUGGAAUAUUUUCUCAAUUGUGUUCUUUUGAACCCGGAAUUCUCGAGUUCACCUGUUGUCAAGGACUUUCUCUUUGGUCGACUUUCAUAA